GUUUUUAAGGCUUCCUGCUGGAGGCCUGCCAAUGCUACUGCUACUGUGCGUCUGUGCCAGCGUGGGUUCGCGAUCAACGUCUUGAAAACUUUUGGCCUUUUACUGCUGUGAUAAAAUAUAAAUGAAACAGUUCAUUUUACCAAAAAAUGAAGGGGAAAAAAAAUAAAAAAGAGCUCACUCCUCUGCUCCUAGAGCUGCUCGCAGUCGAAUCCCCAAUUGCUUCUUCUUUGCCCUUCAAUCACCCAUCUUCGGUAUUCCUCCCAGAAGCAUAGGUUCUCUCUUUCAACACUCUCUUUCCAUUUGUUACCCUAUCAAUUGAAUGGGGUUCGAUUCUUUCAUCCUCUGCAUGCAGACUGAACCCAUAGAAAACCUUGGAUUGUGCAAAAGCAAUCCAAUCCCACGACAUGCUGUAGAUUAACACAGAUCUCCCUCGCAACUAUCAUUUUGUUGUGCUCUUCUUCCUUCUCUACAGUUUACGCACUUGUUUUAUGGCGUUUGUUCACUCUGCACUGCUAGAUUACCGAGAACCAGUUUCUGGGUUUCGUCGUGGAAUAUAUGUUUCGGGAUUUUACGCGAUAAAGGUCGCAUUUUCUCGGUUUGAAAAAUAAUGCUAUUGUGUUCUGUGAAUGCUCUUCACCCAUUUCUUCUUUGGGAAGACAACUCUUGCUUUUCCUGGAAUGGGUUUCGAUGCUGAUCUUUUCCCUCUGAAUAGCUAUGGGGUUACUUUGGGUGAACUCUUUUGUUUGCUAUUCUGGGUUUCGACGCAUGCUCCUCAUUUUCUUGUUAACCAUUAAUGCUUCCAAGUUUUCUUGUUACAAAGAGAGGGGACUUUAGAUUUGCAUUACAGUAAAUCUCUUGCUAGCGUUAUGUUCAUCUUUUCUCUUCAAACUUCAACAAAUUAAGUUCUUGGUACCAUGAUAGAAUGCACUUUGUUUAGAAGCUAUGUUUAUUUCUUUGCUUGCUUAUUUGCUGCAGCAUUUAUUUUGAGGCAGUUCAUGUAGCAAUAGGAAAUGAUGUCAUGGGUCAAGGUGAUUCAAUAACGAAUCAUUUGUCUGUGGUUAUCUACAUUGAUUACCCAAGGACAUUCUUUCCCUUUGGAAACAAAAGAUCUAAGUUUUUACCUGUGGUUCUAACCUUGCGAUUAUAAAUCUGCUAAUGUGUUUCUGCAUUCUGUCGUUGACUGAUACAUUAUUGCUUGUUUGAUUUUUAUUAGAUGACCCCUCCACAGAAGAGAAAGAUGUUGGUUGUUGAUAGUGUUGGUGCCGCAUUAAGCUCCGAUGAUGUCUUAUGUGAGAUACUAAUUCGGCUACCUCCAGCAGAAGUCUUCAGAUCAUUGCUCGUAUCGAAGAGGUGGCUUCGAUUCAUCUGCAGCUCUGGUUUUCUUCAGUUUUACCUGAACCGAUGGCCAGUGAGUUUUAGGUUGCUGGGUUUCUUCGUUUCCAACAAUUUGUAUCUCAAGAGACCGAAAGAUGGGCAACGUAGGCCAAAAUCCGAACCUGCUCUUCCUCUACUACCAACUUGCAAGGAAGGUGAUGACUUAUCAUUCUCUGGCAUCCUCAAACAACUUGGUUACUUAAUCGACUCUUCCAAUGGCCUUCUUCUCGGUGGGCGCCAUCCAAAAUCAUAUUCCGUUUGGAACCCAAUAACCAACAAACAUCAGAAACUGCCACGUCCCAGGGUUUAUUUCGAAGAGCUGUGCAUGGCAUUUCUUGUGGAUGGUUAUCCCAUUGAGGAUAUGUGCUACAAAGUCAUCCGUGCUAAAUGUGAGUGUAUAAUCGAUGAUAUCAAAACGGUCAGCAUUGAGACUUACCAUUCCAAGACGAAGACAUGGUACUACUCCAUACUCACUUGUUCUUCAUCCUUAGCAUUGUGCCCUUGGAUGGCAGGCACUGUAGUUAGAGGGGUUGUUCACUGGUAUGCAGCCAUGGGAAAUCUGGCGAUAUAUGAUGCACAAAGUGACGAGAGGCGCAUAGAGGUGAUUAAACUUCCUGGUUCAAAUGAUUAUGAGGAGCGUGCUCUAGGGGAGUCCUGUGAUGGACUUGUGCAAUAUGGGUGGAGCAAUGAGUCGGGCAUGGAGAUAUGGGUUCUCAAGAGUAGUGACCAAGGCAUUUCUUCGAGCAAUUGGAACCUGAGGUACAGGUUGAAAUUCAAGACGAUGUGGAGGAGGAACUUAAGAAUGGUGGCGACAGGAGGUUGCAGGUUCGAUAAAGAAACUCAGAUAUUGUCCUUCUACCCAAAGGACUCAGAUUCUGUCUACAUCAGGUCUGGUUCCGAGAUAUUUAUAUAUCAUCGUGGAACGGAAACAGUAGAGCCUGUUUCUUAUCAUGGACGUGGGUCUUCCAUAAUGUGGGAUUUCAGCAAAGUAGUGCCUUACUUCAGACCUUGUUGGCCUCAUUCUUCUGCGUGUGGUGCGACAUAAUUUGGUUCUUCUUUUCUUUCCUCAAACACCUACCAUGUAGAUCCUCUGUGAUAUAUCUAGUAUUUUCCAUGGAACCCAUGUCUCUGACCAUUUUGGACUCAACUUCUUGCUUGUUAGUUGGUGUCUAUGAGGCCCUGCACUGUCUCUAUUUCAUCUUAUGCAUGUUGGUUCUGCUGUAGAGGCCAGUUUAUGUAUAUGGAUUUGACCGGAUUCUUAACACGUGAUCUUCGAUCGAACCUCUUUUGUGUUACGAUUUACGGGUUAGUGUCUGAUACGUUUCUGAUAACAUGGAGAUGAUGAUUGACGAAUGGGUUUAUGAAAAUAGGUUCGUUGGUUUAUCGCCAACCGUUAAGAAGAAGACUGUUAAUAACUGAAAAGUUUAGGU